AUCAAUGAUCUCCUGAUUCCUUUUUCUCUGCUGUGCUCAGCUGUGCUCAGCUGUGCUUCGGCAAGAUCUGAGCAUGAGUCCGGAGCCAUGUCUUACCUCAGGUCAUUUGGUGGUGCCAGAAGCAUCUCACGCAGAAUCCAGUCAAAGUACCUCCACACGUGCACAGGCCAGGGCUUGGAAAACCAAAGCCUGGUUGGAAGCCAAUGGUCUGCAGAGCGGCUCCGGAAGCGGUGUGGCCUUUGUAAGUGAUGAACGCAUGCUUUUACAUGCCGGCCCUGAAAAACAUCCGGAACGGCCAGCGCGGCUAGCAGAGAUCUUGAAGCAGCUGGAGAUGUCGGGCCUAGAAGCCGCAUGUGAACGGGUGAACUCUAGAGAAGCAACACGAGAGGAACUCUUGCGAGUUCAUACAGAACAACACAUCGAGCAAGUUUUUACUUCUGGAAGCAGCAAAAAGAAAGGGAAAUCCUGGGGCAUGCCUUUUGGUCCCGAUACAUAUGCAAACGACCAGACGCCCUUGUGUGCUUCACUGUCAGCUGGUUGUUUGUUGGCUCUUGUGGAUCAUUGUAUGGCUUCCACAGAUUCCAACUGUAACUGUGGCUUUGCUGCCAUUCGACCUCCGGGUCAUCAUGCAAGUGAAGAGAAGGCUUGCGGUUUCUGCAUGUUUAACAACGUGGCAGUGGCUGCGCGACAUGCCCAGAAAGAGCAUGGCUUGAACAAUAUCGCCAUCCUUGACUGGGAUGUGCACCAUGGAAACGGCACAAACGACAUUUUUGCCAAAGACAAAUCUGUUUUCUUCUGUAGUCUACAUCGAUACGAUGACCAUUUCUUUCCUGGAACUGGUUUCGUGGAAGAUGUGGGAAAGGACCAAGCAAGAGGAUUCAACGUCAAUAUUCCGCUGGAGAAAGGCUUUGGUGAUUUGGAUUUGGUCCAUGUCAUGAAGCAUUUGAUCUGCCCCUUGAUGGACAACUUCAAACCGGAUGCCAUCUUCAUCUCUGCCGGCUUUGAUGCAGUGAGAGGUGAUAGACUUGGAGAGUGCAAGGUGUCACCUGAAGGUUUUGGGUGGAUGACACGGAGCUUGUACCGCCUUGCAAAGCACUACUGCGAGGGACGCCUUUUUCUGGCCUUGGAGGGUGGAUACGAACCGGACCUGAUUGCGCAAUGCACUGUCGAGUGCGUCCGGACUCUAUUGGCGGAGGUCAACGGAUUCCCAGGUCCUGAUGUGGAGGAUUUUGUUCCGGCAACGCCCAUGUCAAGUCUUCCUGCGACGCCUGCCAUGGGCCCCUCUCCCGCAUCUCCAAGCGGCCAAAGCGGCCUCUUUUCGAGAUUGUUUUCGAGAUCAGAGGGCGGAUCGAGACCAUCCACCCCAAGCUUGCGGCCAGACGGCACACCACCUGCAUCUCCUGCCAUGAGUGCGUCCAGCAGGAAGGUGCGCGGGCCUGCUGGCAAGACACUGCGGUCAGUCAGGAAGGCGACAGAACUUCUCCAACCUCUUCCGAUGCAAGUGCAGUUGGCACCACAAGGCGAAGGAGCCAGCAAGAACGCCAAAAGAAAUGAGCGUCGCAGGCAGCGGAAGCACAGUGAAGAGGAUGGUGCCUCUGAUUCGUCUGGCUGGACUAUCGCGUGUGGAGGUGAUCCUGAAUUUCCGUACAGCCCAGCCAUGAGGAUUGCAACGCGGCAAGUCUCUUCGUCUUCCCAUGCAUCGCAUGAGGUGCCUGACUUGGAACUACCGCCUCCUGUGGAGGAGACCAAGGAGGACACAAAGGACACGAAGAAUCCCAAGGAGACGGAGAAAGACGAGAUGGACGAGAAGAACGAGAAGGACACGGCAACACAACAGGGUCAAGGAGAAGACUGAGCAUUCAAAGCACAAACAGAAGAAGAAGAGCAAAAGGAAAUAGCUGAGUAGCUGGAACGAACAUGUCCGGUCUCACAGUUUCCUUGAACCUUUGGCGCAAAUGAUUUUUUUGAAAGCACUUCCAACUCCC